AUGGCAGAGUUGGUAGCUGGGGCAUUUCUUCAGUCUUCUUUUCAAGUGAUUUUUGAGAAGUUGGCUUCGGUUGAUAUUAGAGACUACUUCAGUAGUAAAAAUGUUGAUGACCUUGUGAAAGAACUUAAUAUUGCACUCAAUUCUAUCAACCAUGUGCUGGAAGAAGCAGAGAUAAAGCAGUACCAAAUCAUAUAUGUGAAGAAGUGGCUUGAUAAACUUAAACAUGUUGUUUAUGAAGCAGACCAACUAUUAGAUGAGAUAUCUACUGAUGCAAUGCUAAAUAAGCUGAAAGCUGAAUCUGAACCACUUACCACCAAUUUAUUGGGCGUGGUGUUGGGAUUGGCAGAAGGUCCCAGUGCUAGUAAUGAAGGCUUAGUCAGUUGGAAACCUUCAAAAAGAUUGUCAUCUACGGCUCUCGUGGAUGAGUCCAGCAUAUAUGGCAGAGAUGUUGACAAGGAAGAACUUAUCAAAUUUUUACUUGCAGGCAAUGACAGUGGAACCCAGGUUCCGAUAAUCAGCAUAGUUGGUUUAGGAGGGAUGGGGAAAACCACCCUUGCUAAGCUUGUGUACAACAACAACAAGAUAGAGGAACAUUUUGAACUUAAAGCAUGGGUCUAUGUUUCAGAAUCUUAUGAUGUUGUUGGACUCACCAAAGCAAUUCUCAAGUCAUUUAAUCCUUCAGCAGAUGGUGAAUACUUGGAUCAACUCCAACAUCAACUCCAACACAUGUUAAUGGGAAAGAAAUACUUGCUUGUUUUAGAUGAUAUCUGGAAUGGGAAUGUAGAGUAUUGGGAGCAGUUACUACUUCCAUUUAACCAUGGAUCUUUUGGAAGUAAGAUUAUCGUGACAACACGUGAAAAGGAGGUGGCAUAUCAUGUCGUGAAAUCCACCAUGUUAUGUGAUCUACGUCAAUUGGUCAAAAGUGAUUGUUGGAGAUUAUUUGUGACUCAUGCUUUUCAAGGCAAGAGUGUGUGUGACUAUCCAAAACUUGAAUCAAUUGGCAGGAAAAUAAUGGACAAGUGUGAAGGGUUGCCUUUAGCUAUAAUAUCAUUGGGCCAACUUUUGCGGAAAAAGUUUUCUCAAGAUGAAUGGAUGAAGAUAUUGGAGACUGAUAUGUGGCGUUUAUCAGACGUGGACAACAAAAUUAAUCCAGUGCUGAGAUUGAGUUACCACAAUCUCCCUUCCGAUCAAAAGCGUUGCUUUGCCUUCUGUUCCAUUUUCCCCAAGGGUUAUACAUUUGAAAAAGAUGAAUUGAUCAAGCUUUGGAUGGCAGAAGGUUUGUUGAAGUGUUGCGGAUCAUACAAAAGUGAAGAAGAGUUUGGUAAUGAAAUUUUCGGUGAUCUUGAGUCAAUUUCAUUUUUCCAACAAUCAUUUGAUAAAACAUAUGGUACAUAUGAGCACUAUGUCAUGUAUAAUCUUGUCAAUGAUUUAGCAAAAUCAGUGUCAGGAGAAUUUUGUAUGCAAAUAGAGGGUGCUAGGGUGGAAGGUAGCCUUGAAAGGACACGUCAUAUUCGGUUCUCUCUUCGAUCAAAUUGUCUUAAUAAAUUACUAGAGACAACUUGUGAGCUUAAGGGACUAAGGAGUCUGAUAUUAGAUGUCCAUAGAGGAACGUUGAUAAGCAACAAUGUGCAGCUUGAUUUGUUUUCAAGACUAAAUUUUUUGAGGACGUUAUCAUUUAGAUGGUGUGGUCUCUCUGAGCUAGUUGAUGAGAUAAGCAAUAUAAAACUUUUGCGCUAUCUUGACCUUUCUUUCACUGAGAUUACAAGCUUACCUGAUAGCAUUUGUAUGUUGUAUAAUUUGCAAACAAUCUUGUUGCAAGGGUGUGAAUUGACUGAGCUCCCUUCAAAUUUUUCCAAACUCAUCAAUUUACGUCAUCUUGAACUCCCUUAUUUAAAGAAGAUGCCAAAGCAUAUAGGAAAGCUAAACAGUCUUCAAACACUGCCUUAUUUUGUUGUGGAAGAGAAAAAUGGAUCUGAUCUCAAAGAGUUGGAAAAACUAAACCAUCUUCAUGGAAAAAUUUGUAUAGAUGGGUUGGGUUAUGUAUUUGAUCCUGAAGAUGCUGUGACAGCCAAUUUGAAAGAUAAGAAGUAUUUAGAGGAAUUAUAUAUGAUUUUCUAUGACAGAAAAAAAGAAGUGGAUGACUCAAUAGUUGAAAGCAAUGUGUCUGUCUUGGAGGCUCUUCAACCAAAUAGAAGCUUAAAGAGGCUUAGCAUCUCACAAUAUAGAGGUAAUAGAUUUCCAAAUUGGAUAAGGGGUUGUCAUUUACCCAACUUAGUAUCUCUUCAAAUGCGUCACUGUGGAUUAUGUUCUCAUUUGCCACCACUUGGGCAACUCCCCUCUCUCAGGGAGCUUUCUAUUUCAAACUGUAAAAGAAUAAAGAUCAUCGGUGAAGAGUUAUAUGGAAAUAAUUCAAAAAUUGAUGCAUUCAGGUCUCUUGAAGUUUUGGAAUUUCAGCGGAUGGAAAAUUUGGAGGAAUGGUUAUGUCAUGAAGGGUUUCUGUCGCUUAAAGAGCUUACUAUAAAAGAUUGUCCCAAAUUGAAAAGGGCCCUUCCUCAACACCUUCCUUCUUUACAGAAAUUGUCGAUUAUUAAUUGCAACAAGUUGGAGGCUUCAAUGCCUGAGGGUGAUAAUAUCUUAGAGUUAUGUCUGAAGGGAUGUGACAGCAUUUUGAUAAAGGAAUUGCCGACCAGCUUGAAAAAGUUAGUCCUUUGUGAAAAUCGGCACACCGAGUUCUUCGUGGAGCAUAUUUUAGGCAACAAUGCCUAUCUUGCAGAGCUGUGCUUGGAUUUGAGUGGCUUUGUUGAGUGUCCCUCUUUGGAUUUGCGUUGUUAUAAUUCUCUUCGUACGCUUUCAAUAAUAGGGUGGCGCUCCUCCUCCUUGUCCUUUUCACUAUACUUGUUCACCAAUCUCCAUUCUCUAUACUUGUACAAUUGUCCGGAGUUGGUUUCAUUUCCAGAGGGUGGUUUGCCUUCCAACUUGAGCUGCUUUUCGAUAUUCGAUUGCCCAAAACUGAUUGCUUCAAGAGAAGAGUGGGGUUUGUUCCAACUCAAUUCUCUGAAAGAGUUUAGAGUUAGUGAUGAGUUUGAAAACGUGGAAUCCUUUCCAGAGGAGAAUCUACUGCCUCCAAAUCUUCGCAUUCUUUUGUUAUAUAAAUGUUCAAAGCUAAGAAUAAUGAACUACAAGGGUUUUCUCCACCUCCUAUCUCUCAGUCAUCUUAAAAUUUACAACUGCCCUAGUCUUGAGCGCUUGCCAGAGAAGGGUCUACCCAAAAGGAGGAACGAGAGCGGUGGCAUACAAUUUGUCAUAUCACAAAUGUGA